UUUUUUUUUAAAGAGAAAAACCCGUGUCGCAAUUGUGCAGGAAUUUUUCCUUUCUCUGUGUUACACAUUGUCUUGUUUUAUUAGGGCUGGACACGGAGGCUGGCACACAAAGCGCCAUGUGACGCUCCGCCACAAAGAUCAUUAUGCGGAGUUUUGAUUAAGAAUUUUGGGGUUUUGCCCCCUUCGUUAGUAGCCUAACUGAGGCGCAGGAGAGAGGAGGGAGAGCAGCAGAGAAAAGAGGGAGAGCGAGAGAGAGAGAGAGUUCGGGAUUUCGCUGUAAUCAUGUUUGGAGAGUAUUGAUUUCGUGAGCGCACUCCAAUUGGCAGCAUCUCUACUAUACAGCGCCGGCGCGUCAUCCUCGGUUCACAUCGACGGAACGAGUUGUAAGCAAAUGAGAACAUGUGUGGGAUCUGAGUGAGUGAGAAAAGGCAAGGGGUGAUAGAGGGGAGCAAGAGGAGGUGUGAUAAAAGCCAAUUUUAUCAGCCCGACGAGUGGAUACGAGAUUUGAUUGCCGGACUAUUUUUCCCUCCUUUAUAUUUUUCAGACAGGGAAUUUAUCGAUUCGUCACAAGCGCACGCCUCUUCAUUAUAAUUGCAGACAGUUGGGUGCUGUUCAGGCUGAAUGGACUUGAAUGUGCCGCUGCCAGCUUAAUCCGUGCAGACUGGAAGAUUUAAUAAUUCACGGUAAUCACGCAUUAUCGCCUCAGUGGAUGCUCUCUACACAGCCCUGGUGAUUUUCCCCCUCUUUCCCGUUUCUUCCUGUUGUCUUCUGGAGGAUUUAUCGACGGCUGCUUUUGUCCUUAUCUGAAAGAUCAUCUGUUGCUGCAACUGGAUUGAGAAGCCCCCAAGACUGACACGGGUUUGAAUGUUUUAAGGUGAUGCGGACUGCCAAAUAAAUAGUUCAGUCACCAUUAGAUAAUUUACUUCAGGUAAAAUGGACAAGAAAUUAUUAUUACUUUUAUUACUUCUGCUAUCUCUACACGCGAGGCUAUGAUUUUUCUUUCAUUCAUCAUGAUUCUUCUACUCCGCUGAAUUGCCCAUUAUUGAUUCAGACUGAGCUUAAUAGCCAUAUUACAAGGCAAAUUCCUACGUGAAGACAGCGGGAUACGUGAAUCGUGGAGGUAUUUCCCCACCCUUGCUCUACGUUUGAUUUAUUCUUUUUUCAACUGAAGGGUAAAUGUUGAUGAUGGAGGACGACGAAUUAGACGCUCAUCAGGUUGAUUCGGAUUUCGAGCCUCAAAGCCGCCCUCGCUCAUGCACCUGGCCGCUGCCUUGUCCACAGGAUUUCCCCGGUGGACACGAGGUGAACGUAGGUCUUCCACUGGCCAGCAUCAAGGUAGAACCGGAAGACAUCCCCGCUUGCAGAGCGGGGCUCGUGGGCGGAACGCCGGGAGAGCUGAAGCAUCCAGCCGGCGCCCCUGCACCCACAGGCGCGACGCACCCAUGCUUGGCUGGCGCAGCUCUGGAUGUCACCGGACCCCUGCGCAAAGCCAAAUCCUCCCGGCGAAACGCGUGGGGGAACCAGUCCUACGCGGAUCUCAUUACCCGCGCUAUUGAGAGCACCCCAGAAAAGAGACUCACACUGUCACAGAUAUACGACUGGAUGGUCCGUUAUGUGCCCUAUUUCAAGGAUAAGGGCGACAGUAACAGCUCAGCUGGCUGGAAGAAUUCAAUCCGACACAACCUGUCCCUUCACACACGCUUCAUCCGGGUGCAGAAUGAGGGUACAGGGAAGAGUUCCUGGUGGAUGCUCAAUCCAGAUGGAGGAAAAAUGGGCAAAGCCCCGCGGAGACGAGCAGUCUCUAUGGACAACAGCACAAAAUACCUAAAAAGCAAAGGCCGGAUCAGAGGCAAGAGGGUUGGCCGCCCUGGGAUUGGAGCUGGGUCUGCUAGUGUGGGGCUCCAGAGCUCCCCUGAUCAUGGCAGCCCUUCACGGAAAGGCCUCCAAGGAGCCGGAGGUGCAUCUGGAACAGAUGGUGAGUUUGAUGCUUGGACAGACCUCCAUUCCAGGGCUAGUUCAUCAGCGUCUACCCUUAGUGGACGGUUGUCACCCAUCCUCGCAGAGGGAGAACCAGAGGAACCAGAGGAGGGCGGCCUGUCCUGUUCCACCUCCCCUCACCUCUACCCGUCGCCAACUAGUGCACGCUCUCCAUCCAUGGGUGCUGGAAAUCACUGUCCUCCUCUUGAGCAGCUGCCUCAGCUGGCUAACCUGACAGGUGCCAUCAGUCUGGAUGAGCAGAUGAUGGAGGAUGGUUAUCAUCAUCAUCGUUCACAGCAGCAGCAACACCAGCAGCAUCAAGCUAUUGGCAGACAUAAGCACCAAACUGCUGUCUAUCACUACAACUCUGGAGUGAAAGGACAGGGCUCCUAUGGUUCAAGUGUCUAUGGGGCAACAGGCAUGGGGAUGCUGCGUCACCACUCACCCAUGCAGACCAUUCAGGAGAACAAACCAGCCAGUUUCUCUGGAACCAUGCGAGCAUACUCAAGCACUAAUGCCCUUCAGAGUCUGCUAACAGGGGGUCCAGCUGGACAGCAAUACUGUCCCAAGGACAUGAUGCUGGGACAGGAGAGGGAAAGCCAUUCUCUGAUGAAUCAAGUUACAAAUGGAGUUGGAUCCAACCAUCACAGCCACCACCCCGGCCUCCACAAUGGCCACAGCCACAAUGGACUGCAUAGUCACAGCUCAACUCAUAGCCAUAACAGAACUCACAGCCAUACUCCCAGUCAUAAUCACAACAAUGUAACCAACCACAACUCACCUCACAGCCUCACUCACAAUGGUCACAGCCUCAGCCAGAGCCAUAACCACACACCACCCCGGGCUGCUGCCCUGACCCCACGUGGCAGCAGCAAUCAGUUGCAGACCUACAACCACAAAGCUCCUUACCUGUACAGCCCCCCGUCACAUGCCCACCUUCCUGCUUCUACCACCCUCCCCCCAAAUCCAGCAGGUAUGCUCGGCAUGCCCCAGGACUCGUGCCAUGUUGCCACAGCUCCCCACCCACGUCACAACCAUUACCCAGACCCACAACACCAAGGCAUGAGUAAUGGACCGUAUCACCAUGGCCUCGGGAUGGGCAGUGGUACCGCUGGUAGCAACUACCAUGGCUAUCACCAACCUCACCCCCAUGAGAGACUACCAGCUGACCUGGACAUUGACAUGUUCCAUGGCAGCUUAGACUGCGAUGUGGAGUCCAUCCUCCUCCAUGAUAUCAUGGACUCUGGGGAGGAGAUGGACUUUAACUUUGACUGCUCGUUAGCUCAAGGUGUGGGCAUCGGCAUGGGUAUGGGAAUGGGUGUGACUAUGGGUAUGGGGAUGGGAAUGAGUGGACUGGCUGGUCCACAGCAAGCCCAUAGCAACCAGAGCUGGGUGCCUGGGUAAAGUCAAGAACAACACGUCUAACCCUCAGAAAGAACGACCCUCCUCAUGAAGCACUGUGCUCAACUGUGACAUUCCUGAUUUGACACAAAGACUAUAGGAUCCACACUCCCAUGUCUCUUUGUUGUCUUGACAAUUCCACUGUCACCCCCCCUCCCCCAUUUUUUAAAAAGAUCCCCCUCUAGUUCAUGUCACAUUAAGUUUUUCCUCAAAUCAACUAUACUGUGAUGACAAUCUCUCAGCUGUGCUUGCCCAACAUCGCUUCUCAUCUGCCAUGAGAACUGAACUCUGAAUGCACUUUAUUGCAAGUGGGUCACAUCUCACGGUGUAAUGCCUUCACAGAGCAGCUCAGGCAGAGCUUGGCAUGUUUUGUAAGGUGGCUUCAGUAUUUGACAAGAACAAAUGAGGAAUAACAAGCCCUGCUAAUAAAGUGUCAGAUUUAUGAACUGAUAAAAUUGGAGUCGUUUGCUUAUAUACUGUCAUUUUUAAAGUUCGGGAGAACUGUUUUUGACAGUUACAUGUGAUUGGAGCCCUGAGUUUUCAAAUGUAGUGGUACCGUAAGAUCAUAGGCAUUUCUUAAGACUUAUUUAUACCUCAAUUUAAUAUAUUAUUUAAUGCAAUAUCCCUCAAGAUUGGCUGAAAUUCAAUUGUACACUAGACUUAAACAGAGGUCCGAUCAGAAGCCAGUUCAUCAUUUGAAAGACAUUCACUUGUUCAUAAGCUCCACGUAAUUAUCUUACAUCAGCAGCCCUAUUGUUUAUAGCUAUAGUCUUGCACUUUGACUUUUCUCUCGGAUGCAACAUUUUGUUGUUCGGCUUCUUUGCUAUUGGUUCGAGAAUAUUGUCAUCGUGUCGUUAAAUGGAUUCUAUCAUUAGUGGCCAGCGCGCAAUUUGGUGAAUUAAAAUGUCAUAUCACCUUGUCUCACCUGGGCCUCUUGUGCUAGUCUCCCUCUCUCUCCUUCUCUGUCUCUGUCUGCGAGUGGAGACAAAGUGACCAUUCCUCACACUAAGCCAUUAAUGUAGGUUGAUUGAAAUUCAGCAUCUUGCUUUUAAUCUCCAAAGUGAUGCGGCAGCAAUGUGUCAUUAUUGAGAGGCUAACGUGUUGUCCUCCCAUCUCUCACCUCGGCUGUCCGGGCCACCUCUUGCUUCUCCAGCUUAAUGCGCCAAGAAAGUGAGACAAAAUGGUGAUUAACGCCAAGUCACUCUGCCUGCUGUCCUGCUCUGAGAAGGGCCAAUGUCACUGGCCACAUGCCUGCUCAAAAUGGGUAAACAAAAAGAAAAGACGGAGACAAGGAUAGAACAAAAGCCUGUUGUUGCAGUGGGAUCAAUCAUCAGCCUUAGUUUCCAUUCCUCUUGGAUGUGUGCGUCUCAAAACAGGUCAUGUACUCCUAUUGUAAAUCGUUUCCAUUGUCUCCAUUUAGUUCCCAUGUUUUCAGUGCUUAUACCCGGCACUUCAAAUACUCAAACAGGUGAAAAGGGAGAUGUUUAAGGAACAAGAAACAAUCAGCCAAUCUCAGUGGCAUGAGUCUGUGUCUGAUAGGGUUGUAAUGCUUCACAGCCAUCCGCAUCCACUUUUUGUGUGUUUAUUCUGUUGUCUUGUAGUUGUUGUUGUACUGUUGAAAUUGUAAGGACUGAUGAAGACAGUGCUGAAAUAUCCAUAGUGUAAGGGUGGAAUCCACUGGUGAAAUUAUUUUGGUAGCGCAGUAUGACCUUCCAAAGCUUCAACAGCGUGCACCCCUCCGAUAUGUGCUGUGCUCUGCUCAGUUGUUUCUGCGUUUGUGAGUGGGGGAGUCUGCAGUUAAUUUCUCACUGGCCUUGAGAGAGAGAAGAAAAGAGGACACCCCUAUUCUCUAAUUCCCUCAAGGAGACUCUCCGCACUGGGUCUGUACAAAGUACGGCACACAAAGGAAAAGAAGGAGUGUGGGGGUGGGGGGGUUAUUGUUAGAGCCAAAGGUCAAGCAUGGCACAGACUAUCAGACCCAUUAUUGAGGUAAAUACCUUUAUUUCAGGGCUUUUAGCGCACUGGUUCCAUUUAAUCUCUGAGCGGAAAAUGCGUGAAAUUUUAUAAGCAACUGGGCCUCGCAAAGCGGUUAUGUUAUAUCCUAUGCUACAGACGUUUAUCAAUGCCCUGCUAUUGGAAAGAUAGCUAUAUAUGAUGUCUAAUUUUCCUCUAUUUAUUUAUGAAAGAGAUUGGUCUUUGUCACUCCUAAAUGUGGUAAUCGUUUGAGUCAACGCCUGUCCCUUCCUCUUCUUGUCUGUUUUUUAAGAUGUCACUCCCUCCGACCCUUUUACUGACUUUUAUUUUGUACAAAAUCUAUAUAUUAAAAAAAUUGUAUAAUAGUUUUUAAAAUCUCAAAAUAAUAUCAGUUUUGUUGUCUAUUUCUUUUUUUAAAAGAAUGUAUCUCAUCAUCUGGUGACUGUUAAAUAAAUGAAAUGCGAAGAAAACGAUGUCUCUGUUGUCACAUUUGUUUAAAUAUGACCAUGUAGAAUGAUUUUUUUCCCCACAAAAAACACAACCAAGUGAGCUUUUCCUUGCAAUUUAGUGAGUCUGAAGGGGAAUUUUCCUGAGCUACUUCUGUUUGUCAGUUGCUUUUGUGCAGUAACUGACACGUCGAAUAUGUGUGAGCUGCUUGCAAAUUCAUUUUUUCCUUGUGUUUCCUUAUUUUGUUAUUAACAUACAACUCUUCUCACAAUGGGGCGACAACCCCUGUUUGCAGCAUUUGACCAGGACACCAACUCACUGCGUGUGGGAAGUGGACACCAUGAUUAAAAUGGGGGGAAAAAAUUUUAAAAUCACAAUUGCAGGGAAGCAUCACUUGUGCUAGAGAAUGGAUGAGAAGGCGAGAGAUAGGGUGAAGGUUUGUGUG